UGUGUUGGACGUCAUGAGCAUUGCAAUCCCUCUGGGAGUCACCACACCAGAUACAUCCUACUCAGAUAUGGCUGCUGGAUCAGACUAAGAGCAGCUUUAGGAAUUCAGAGUUUGUCGAAAAGUCCAAUCCCUAAAAUAGACUCUCAAUUCUUGAAGAAUUUAAAUGCCAAAUGGCAAUGAAGAAAGGAAGUGGAAGCCCCCUACCUUUCAAGACGAAGUGGCACUACACAAGGAUGUGAAAGUCCAGCGAAAGAGACCCAAGGGGCCUAGGGGGCAGCACACCCCCAGAAGCCAAGUCUUUUCCAGGCAGUACCAGGGAUUAGGGUCUGGGCUGGAAAAAUCCUGGUGUUUUGAAUAUGUUCAGGUCCAGUUCAGACUCUUGAUCCCACAGCCACUUCUUGAGUGAGGUGGGUGUUGCUCUAAUUCCCCUGUUUCUCUUGCCAUUUUCACAGUCCCUGGGGAUUCUUCCCCCUUCAGCAAAGAAAAGCAACUGUACCAGAACUCUGGGUUCAACUGCGUCCCUGAUUGAUAGUGGUUUUCUUCCUUAAAACUGAGAAUAUUAGUAAAGAGCAUGUAUAUUUCUUCAUAAAGCCACCUAGGAUAACUGUUUACUAACUUCCUUGAAGAGGAAGGCUUAAAAUGAAGCUACUCUAAGUAGCAGUGUACUAUAUUCUGGGGUAGUCUAGAGUUUAAAACAGUUUUGGCCUUAUUCCCAUAUAAAAAGGAAGUUGGGAGGGGGGAUUGUGUUUCUUCCAGGGCUUUUUUUCUUUUUCUUUUUUUCCCCUCCCUGUUUUGUUUUUAUAUUUUUGCAUGCCGAAGAGAUUUAGUUAUGCCAAUAGCUGAGGUUUCCAGUUUUAUAACUAUUUCCCAAGUAAAGUACUUAAAUAUUCGUGCAUUAGUAGGUAACUAGUUGUAUAGUGUUAAUAGAUUUUUAUAAAGUUAGCCACUAGCCUCCUAUAUGGAUUGACUAGCAAACUAUAUAGAUAAACAGCAUUAACAUUUGUGAGAAAUUUCAAUAAACAGAUUAAAUCAGUGAGUUUGGGGUAAGUAGAUAAGAAAAAGACUGAAAGCAAUUAUUCUUAAAACUGGUAUGUUUCCCAGAGUAAACAGAUGACUGCCCAUAAAUGUUGCUAGGAAGUCCAGAAGUAAUUGCAGAAAGAAAAAAUACUUCUGGCAUAAAAAUUUGCCUGCAAUGUUUCUAUUUUCUGAGACAUUUCAUUCACAAUCUCUAGGCAGAUUUUUGAUACUGUGGUCAUAACUAAUUACACAGUUAUUUGUUAAUAUUUCUACAAAGCAAGAGAAUGUCAGCAAUUAGCUUAUGUACCAUUCUGUUAAAUUAUUGAUGAUAUAUUUUUAUGCUUCAUCAUGCAUAUUUUACUGUCAUGCAUAUUCCACUAUUCUAGGCACUAGUAUGAAGAGUAAAUCUGGUAUGAAGGGCAAGAUAAUUCAACCCAAAAAAAGACCUAGAUCUAUUUAUUUGUAGGGAAAAACUCUAGAUAGAUAUAACAAUGGAAGCAAAGGUUUUUCUGAUUUUACAAUCUUGCCGUAAAUGAACUUCAGACAUUUCCCAAGAGAUAGCAUUAUAGCAGCAGGUUGCAUAUUGUACUUAGAACACAGUUGAUGGAGUGUAUCUGUUGUAAGCAUGGGUUCUAUGUAUGUGUCCAACUGUCAUAGUUCAAACAUAGGGGAAGAAAGGCUAUAGUUACAUUUGCGUUAAAUGGUUGACUAAUAAAGAGAUGCAAUCCUAGCACUUUUAAGUUUUAGUCUAUUUAAAAUAAACAUAAGAGCUGAUAUAUAUGUCAAGGCAUAUCCUAAGAAAUAUCCUGUAUUUACCUGUCAACAUAUAACUGUAUUGAAUCAGUAAUCAGUAUGGAAAUUGUAAAGUUUCCUCAUCAAAAGAUAUGAGCUUAAAAUUUUAGUAUUUGGCAUGCAUAGCAAUAUAUCAAAUGCUGUGCUUGACUAGAAAGUAUUGUGCAGUGGGAUGGCCUUUUAACCUCCAAAACAUACAUUUUAUUUUUAUUCCCUAGACUUGCACAUGAAUUGCAUAUGUUCAUAUUUACCCAGUUUGGAGAUGGGUAAGAUACAACCAACAUAGCUACAUCUCCAUGGCCAUCUUUUAUUUCAUAUCAUUUUCCUUUUUACCCCUGUCCAAAAAAAAACACACAGCAACAACAAACAAGCCAUUCUUAAUAAACAGCUGUCAUGUUUCACCCUAUGUGUUCAGUGGUACAAAAUCUCUUAUAUAAAAUAUGUACAGCUCUUUGGAAUACUUGUUUACCAAGUAAAUUAACUGUUACUUUCUCUUGACUGUCCAUCAUAGAAACUAAAUUCUACCUUCAUUUUAUUAAUGCUUGUUUGCCUUUGGUUUCAUUCAGGAAACCCCACCUGUUUCCUAAUACCUCAGAAUUGAUUGCCUCUCAGUGAGCCAUGUUCAGAUCAUCUUUUUCUCAAGAAUACUGACCUACAUUCUUGAUGUAUUCCCCACAGUUUCCAUCUUGCAGACACUCCUUUAAAAAUUAAAAGUAAUAAAAUGCAUGCACUUCACUAACAGAGGAUACUUUCCUAUGUCUAAAGUUCUUCUUCACCUAGAAAUUACCUUUGCUGUUAUUAAUAAGAUCCCUUCUCACAGUUUUGGAGCAUAUGACUGGGUGAGUUGGAUAUAUAUAUAUAUCAGAAUUUUUUUUUUUAUCCCUCACUUUUCGGCUGACAUUGUGCCAUGUUGAACCUCACACCUUAUUCCUGCCAAGUAGUACUAUAUAUUGUAUGUUUCAAGCAGGAAAAACAUACAUUACCUGAGGCAAACAGUAUGCAUUGUUCAAUUUCCUAAAAGACCCUUUGAUCUCUAAGGCUGAAUUAUGAGUGGUGUCAUUGGAGUUUCUAAUUUGUAAGUCUGUUCUAGUUAAUUUAAAUGACAGAUAAUCUAUUAUUCAGCCUGUUAUUCAGGUCUGCAGUCAUGCAUUUGCAUUCUUUAAUAUCUUUCAAAAUUCCUCCAAACCUAACCACUUAAAGUUCUUUUUUUACCCUAAAACUUAAAUUUUAUCCUUUGCCACCUGUGCCUUUUUAUUACUAAGUAACGGAUUACAUUGAAUUCCUAAAUUUGAACACAUUUAUAAUUCUUUUAUAUCAAUAAAUUGUGCCUGAACUGUUUAUUUUCCACUCAAGGAGGAUACUAAAGGUACUUAACCAAGCUUCUUACUAAGCCUGGUUACUUAAGAUCUCAUGUAAUUUUCUUUAAAGGUAGAAUCUUAUCCUGGUUUACAAACCAUUUAGGCAGAGUGGAGAGAGCACAGGCUUUGGAGUCAGACAUUGUUUCAAAUCUUGGCUCUCUGUAAACUCACCACCUUAGUUUUACCCUUCUGUAAAUAUGGGGUGAUAUUUACCAUGUUUAGUAGUUGUAAAGUAAAUGAAUUAAUAUAUAUAAAAUACCUAGAAAAUAGUGGGAAAUUCAAAGUGGUAGUCACUACUGCUCUUUGUCAUUAGACUAACAAAACAUUAUUUUAAAGUUCUGUUGUAUUAUGCAGCUGUAAAAUAAUUGUGUCCUUGAUAUGCUUGCAUGUCAUUGGUGGAUGAGAAGUUAUUACUCUAAUAUUUGAAAGGUGUUUGGGGGUUCAUCAAGAUGAGAGGUAUAAAUAUAAGAUGCCAUUGUUUUUACCUGUACUUUCUUCAGGGUAUCCUGUCUUGGUAGUGAAUGGAAGAGGGCCUGGUCCCUGGGGCAGUGCAGAAGGCACUUUCAUCAUCUCACUCACUGCAAAUGUCAUGUGAGGUUUCAUGGAAGUAUUAAGAGAUCCAAUUAAGAAGAAUAGUUCUGAGUCUAAAGCAGCCCAGAGUGGCUUCUCUAGGGGAAACUCCCUGCUCAGCUGCCCUGAAUCUGUGGAGGCUAGUCCAGCAGUUAAUGAGAAGAGCGUGUAUUCCACUCAUAAUUAUGGGACCACUCAGAGGCAUGGGUGUCGAGGACUGCCUUAUGCUGAUCAUAAUUACGGAGCCCCUCCUCCUCCGACACCUCCUGCUUCUCCCCCUGUCCAGACGAUCAUCCCUCGUUCUGACCUGAAUGGCCUGCCGUCGCCCGUAGAGGAACGCUGUGGAGACAGCCCGAACUCUGAAGGAGAGACUGUUCCUACCUGGUGUCCUUGUGGUCUUUCUCAGGAUGGCUUCCUUCUCAACUGUGACAAGUGCAGGGGAAUGAGCAGGGGGAAGGUUAUUAGACUUCAUCGGCGGAAGCAGGACAACAUAUCAGGUGGGGAUAGCAGUGCAACAGAAAGCUGGGAUGAGGAGCUUUCUCCUUCCACUGUGCUGUAUACAGCAACACAGCACACACCUACAAGCAUCACCUUAACUGUUAGAAGAACCAAACCCAAGAAGCGGAAAAAGAGUCCAGAAAAGGGUCGUGCAGCACCAAAGACAAAGAAAAUCAAGGCAUUUCGAGAGGGAUCCCGGAAGUCCUUGCGGAUGAAGAAUUCUCCUUCUGAAGCACAGAAUUUAGAUGAGAAUACAACUGAGGGAUGGGAAAAUCGGAUAAGACUAUGGACUGAUCAGUAUGAAGAAGCUUUCACUAAUCAGUACAGUGCAGAUGUACAGAACGCCCUUGAACAACAUCUACAUUCUAGCAAGGAAUUUGUGGGCAAACCUGCUAUUUUAGACACUAUCAAUAAGACUGAAUUGGCCUGUAAUAAUACAGUAAUUGGUUCCCAAAUGCAGCUACAGUUGGGAAGAGUCACUCGUGUUCAAAAGCACCGGAAGAUCCUGAGGGCUGCAAGAGAUUUGGCUUUGGACACUCUUAUAAUAGAGUAUCGAGGGAAAGUCAUGUUACGACAACAAUUUGAGGUCAAUGGGCAUUUCUUCAAAAAACCAUACCCCUUUGUGCUCUUCUACUCAAAAUUCAAUGGUGUAGAGAUGUGUGUGGAUGCACGUACUUUCGGUAAUGAUGCUCGGUUUAUCAGAAGAUCAUGUACACCAAAUGCAGAGGUUCGACACAUGAUUGCAGAUGGGAUGAUUCACCUGUGUAUCUAUGCUGUGUCUGCCAUCACCAAGGAUGCUGAGGUCACCAUAGCAUUUGAUUAUGAGUACAGUAACUGCAGUAAUUAUAAAGUGGACUGUGCAUGUCACAAGGGGAACCGGAAUUGCCCUAUACAGAAAAGGAAUCCCAAUGCUACAGAACUGCCACUCCCACCUCCUCCAAGCCUACCCAUCAUUGGAGCCGAGACAAGACGGAGAAAAGCACGGCGGAAAGAACUAGAGAUGGAGCAGCAGAAUGAGGCUAUAGAGGAGGAAAGCAACCCACAAGCAGAACAAGUUCCUGAGAAAGUGACUGUAUCCAGUGACCAUGAGGAAAUAGACAAUCCAGAAGAAAAGGCAGAAGAAGAGAAAGAAGAGGUUACAGAUGACCAAGAGAACCCAGCUCAUAGCAGGAGGACCCGGGAAGAUAGGAAGGUUGAAGCCAUCAUGCAUGCUUUUGAAAACUUAGAGAAAAGGAAGAAGCGACGGGAUCAGUCUUUAGAACAAAGCAACUCUGACAUAGAGGUUACUACCACCGCCUCAGAGACACCUGUAGGGGAAGAAACAAAAACUGAAGCCCCUGAAUCUGAAGUUAGCAACUCAGCUUCGAAUGUGGCCAUCCAAAGCACCCCACAGAGUAUUGGGGUGAACACCCGAAGGUCUUCCCAAGCUGGGGAUGUUGCUGCAGAAAAACCAGUCCCCAAACCACCUCCGGCAAAGCCUUCUAGGCCCCGACCGAAGAGUCGAAUUUCUCGGUACCGGACCAGUUCAGCCCAAAGACUAAAGCGUCAGAAGCAGGCCAUUGCACAGCAAGCAGAGUUGUCACAAGCUGCCUUGGAAGAGGGAGGAAAUAACAGCUCAGUAACUCCUACUGAAGCUGGAAGUAUAGACAGUUCAGGAGAAAACAGGCAAUUAACAGGAUCUGACCCAACUGUGGCAUCAGUAGCUGGAUCCCAUGUCAACCGUGCAGCAUCUAAAUACCCCAAAACCAAAAAGUAUCUAGUUACAGAAUGGUUGAAUGACAAAGCAGAGAAGCAAGAAUGCCCUGUUGAGUGCCCUUUACGUAUCACCACGGACCCAACUGUACUGGCAACGACCCUGAACAUGUUACCUGGUCUUAUCCAUUCCCCGUUAAUUUGCACCACCCCCAAACACUACAUUCGCUUUGGCUCACCCUUUGUCCCUGAGAGGCGUCGAAGGCCCCUUCUGCUUGAUGGCACAUUCAGCUCCUGUAAAAAGCGCUGGAUAAAGCAAGCCUUGGAAGAAGGGAUGACUCAAACAUCAUCUGUACCCCAAGAGACUAGAACUCAGCACCUAUACCAAAGCAAUGAGAAUAGUAACUCUUCUAGUAUCUGCAAAGACAAUGCAGACUUGUUGAGCCCAUUAAAGAAAUGGAAGUCUCGCUAUCUGAUGGAGCAGAACGUCACUAAGUUACUUCGGCCUCUAUCUCCAGUCACACCACCCCCUCCCAAUCCAGGCUCAAAGAGCCCUCAGCUGACCACACCUGGCCCAUCUCAUCCAGAAGAAGAAUGUCGAAAUGGAUACAGCCUCAUGUUCUCACCAAUCACGUCUCUUACUACUGCUAGUCGCUGCAAUACUCCUCUGCAGUUUGAGAACAUAUCCUCCCCUGAGAGUUACCCUGCGAAUAGGCCCGAGUCCCUGUCACCCGAGCUUUGCCACCGAAAAGACCUGGACUUGACAAAAGUAGGCUACCUUGACUCCAACACUAACAGCUGUGCUGACAGACCUUCCCUCAUCAACUCGGCUCAUUCUGACCUGACUCCUCAUCCCUCCAUCGGGCCCACCUCUGAGACUGGCUUUCCCAGCAGGAGUGGGGAUGGACAUCAGACCCUCAUGAGAAACUCGGACCAGGCAUUUCGGACAGAGUUUAACUUAAUGUAUGCCUAUUCCCCAUUGAACGCUAUGCCUCGAGCAGAUGGAUUAUAUCGAGGGUCUCCCCUGGUAGGGGAUAGGAAGCCUUUACAUUUGGACGGGGGAUAUUGUUCCCCUGCAGAAGGGUUUCCCAGCAGAUAUGAACAUGGUUUUAUGAAAGAUGUCUCUCGUGGAUCCAUGUCACCUGGUGGUGAAAGGGCUUGUGAAGGAGUCCCAUCUGCCCCCCAGAACCCACCACAGAGGAAAAAGGUAUCCCUGCUGGAGUACCGCAAACGGAAACAGGAAGCCAAGGAGAAUUCUGCUGGUGGGGGAGGUGACUCUGCACAGAGCAAAAGCAAAUCUGCAGGAGCUGGGCAAGGCAGCAGUAACUCACUUUCUGACACUGGUGCCCAUGGUGUGCAGGGAUCCUCAGCCCGAACCCCAUCUUCCCCUCACAAAAAGUUCUCCCCAUCUCAUUCCUCUUUGUCCCAUUUGGAGGCGGUAAGCCCAUCCGAUUCCAGAGGCACUUCAUCUCACUGCAGACCUCAAGAGAAUAUCAGCAGUAGGUGGAUGGUUCCCACAUCAGUAGAACGACUCCGAGAAGGAGGAAGCAUCCCCAAAGUCCUCCGAAGCAGUGUGAGGGUGGCCCAAAAAGGAGAGCCUUCUCCCACGUGGGAGAGUAACAUCACAGAGAAAGACUCAGACCCCGCAGAUGGAGAAGGCCCAGAGACACUGAGCUUAGCACUCUCAAAAGGAGCAGCCGUUUACAGCCCUUCCCGAUACAGCUACCAGCUCCUGCAGUGUGAUAGUCCACGGACAGAAUCACAAAGCCUCCUUCAACAAAGUUCCUCCCCCUUUCGAGGACAUCCAACCCAAUCUCCAGGAUACAGUUACCGAACUACUGCACUGAGACCUGGAAAUCCCCCCUCUCACGGUUCUUCAGAAUCUUCCCUCUCUUCUACGUCCUAUUCCAGCCCCGCCCACCCUGUGUCCACAGACUCAUUGGCUUCAUUUACGGGGACACCAGGGUAUUAUAGCAGCCAGCCACAUUCUGGAAACAGCACGGGCAGCAAUCUUCCAAGGAGGAGCUGCCCUUCUAGCGCUGCUAGCCCUACCCCGCAGGGCCCCUCAGACUCACCGACCUCAGACUCGGUUUCCCAAUCCAGCACAGGAACUCUGAGUUCCACCUCCUUUCCUCAGAACUCUAGGUCGUCAUUGCCAUCAGACUUACGGACUAUCAGUCUGCCCAGUGCUGGGCAGUCCACUGCCUACCAGGCCUCCAGGGUAUCUGCGGUUUCCAAUUCACAGCAUUACCCGCACCGUGGGAGUGGGGGUGUGCACCAGUACCGACUCCAGCCGUUGCAAGGGUCGGGAGUCAAGACUCAGACAGGACUUUCCUAGGGCUUCUGGAUUUGGGCAAACAAAACUGAAUGAGCCCAUAGCUGCUUCCUUCCAGCUGCCUCUGGAACCUAGGCCAAGCAGAUUGCUGGGGAAGGGGGUACAAGGUGCCAGAGGAUUGGGUCUGGUCGACAAGAAACAAGACUUGUGGUCACAGCUGGCUCUGGCCUUGGAGAAAGAUGUAAAUCUUGUCUGAAGCAGAGACUAUAAAGAAGUUUCUCCCUGCUGUUAAGGGUACAUUGUUGACAAGCAAAUGGUGUUUCGGUUAGUAACGGUUCUAAGUGCAAUGAGUUGUGUUGAAGCCUCCGUCUCCCAUCCUUGCCUGUAGCCUGUAGUCACUUGUGCAGUGAGGACAUCUUUUUAAAAUCCAAAAAAAAAAAAAAAAAAAGUUUUCUUUUCAAAGGGAAAAAACAAACAUGAAAACAGCCAAUCUCAAAGCCCCAAGCCAUCUGAGUAGUGUUAGGGUUUUAUGCACUUAAGAAAAAAGGUAGGUAUAUAAAUGUUCACCGUAAGACAACCAUUCCAAAAGCAGAUAUCCAGCUAAGAUGUGUCCACCAAGAAUGUUCCCUACCUUUGUCUUUGAAUCACUGAGAAAUAGGCAGGGAUAGUGAAGCUUGGAAUGUGCUCUGACUAAGGGGUGCCUGGCUCUCUGAAGAAAAGCUUGUGGUCAACUCUUGAUUAUUCAGGAGCAGAUUAACCUAGUAGAUUGUCUGAGCCCCCAUCUGUUACCAUCCCACUCCCCUUCCCCAAGCUAUUUCACAGCUCAGUAACCCUUGAAGUAGGUAGGUAAAGAGUGAGAUGGGCCACUUGCUACUUAACAGCUGUUGGCAAUAAAUUUGAUUAGGAAGGAUCCCAGGUGGUUUGGGAAUUCUUUGAAUUUUAUUUUUUCUACUCCCAAUUAAUCAGGAGUUGAUGAUCCCAUGAGUAGGACCGCCUCCAUGAUUGGGGAGCAUGCACUCGUGACUGCAGGGUAAGAGUGGAAAGAUGUGUGGAGUGGUGCCGACAGGACUGUGAUUGUGUGUGGGCGUGUUCCACAUUUCUUUGGGGGAUGCUUAUUUGAGAGUGGCAUGGGUGAGACAGUGAGAAAGCCACCCACACACCUAACACUGUUCUGGAUGAGAGACAAGAGCAGACUGGCUUCUCCCCAUCAGUGCAUUGUGCCUGUUGUACACCCCUGGAGGAGCCCUGGAGCCAGCCCAGGUGGGGUACACAAUCUUUUUAAAUUCCAUACGGUUGCCAGCUUAUUUCUUUCACUUGUUUACUGUAAUAUCCGGCGUGUUUUUAUUUAUCUAAUUUUGUAUUCAGUUAUAACCAUGGUAGGGGUAGCAGAUCUAUGACAGGUGUAAUCCCUGGUGCUGCAGUGGACCUUACUUCUUUUCUUUUGGACAAGAUAAUACUGUGAGUCUCCCUCCUUCCUUCCC